CUUUUUUGUCUUUUUCUUUUCUUACCUUCAGGUGAAUUUAGGAGCCUGGGUUCGUCGCGAUGAACCCAGCUCGUGGGUUCAUCGUGAACCCAAACGCCUGGGUUCAUCACGAACCUACUUAUGGAAACCUAAUCACCAUUCUUAGCAUCGAUGGAGGUGGAAUCAGAGGGAUUAUUCCCGAAACUAUACUGGCCUUUUUAGAGGCUCAACUUCAGGAGAAACUGGAUGGUGAGGAAGCAAGACUAUUAGACUAUUUCGAUGUCAUUGCCGGAACUAGCACCGGUGGCCUGGUGACUGCCAUGUUAAGCAGACCAGAUGAAAAGAACCGCCCUCUGUUUGCUGCUAAAGACAUAAAGGACUUUUACCUUAAACGCUGCCCUAAAAUCUUCCCUCAAGACAGUAGUGCUCUGUUUGCUCCUGCUACAAAUUUGGUGAGAUCUUUAUCAGGACCAAAAUACGAUGGAAAAUACCUGCGUGAACUUGUCAGGGAAAAAUUAGGAGAAAAAACACUAAGCCAGACUUUGACAAAUGUUGUGAUUUCGACCUUUGAUAUCAAAAACCUCCAGCUACUAGGAGGUCGCCCUCCAAGAAAUGAAAUGGACGAACAGAAGGACACUCACGUAUCUGAGCCCGGCUUGAAUGACUUUAGGCCAAUGCCAAGAAAUCUUUUUGUAAGGGGAGCCGAACAGGAUCACCUAAGUGAAACGGAUGAUGAUGAAAGAACACCAACAGGGUAUGCAACCCAGCCUGAACAGUUCCAAGUUCCAACAGGAACAAGACAGAGACCUUCUAGACCAUGCAAUUCACAGCGUGAACGACCUGAAAGGUCAACAGAACUUGCUCGGACAACCGAGCUCGAAGAGAGAACCAGAGUUCUCGAAAUGACAAUGGGUAAAAUCCUUGCCCGUCUAAUUCCUGAUGACCCCCUGAUUCCUUUGCUGAACGAGGAUGCACAACUAGCUGCAGUUGUUGCAACUCGAAACUCCCCCGCUCUAAGCAACAUAGUGGUGCCGACCAGGCCAAGAGGAAGCGGGAAGCUAAACCUCGAGCCCAGCUCAUCCAAGCAUAAUGAAGAAUUGAUGAGAAAGAACGCAGACCUUGAAAGGCAGCUGCGGGACGUACAGAAGUCCAUUGACGAAUUGAAAAGUCCCAGGUCGCACCAACAGACCUUGGAUUUGGAUAGUGCUCCGCUGAACCUAUCCAUCACAGCAGAACCAUAUCAAGACGGAUUUAAAAUUCCCCACCUGGAGACAUAUGAUGGCUCGGGCGACCCGGAUGAACAUCUACACACCUAUCAAGCCAUCAUGAGGAUCCAAAAUGCCAAUGAUGCCAUGAUGUGCAAAGUGUUCCCAGUGACACUGAAAUCAACAGCCAGAAGAUGGUAUCACAAGCUCCCCAGACAUUCCAUAGACUCAUACUCUCAGCUCGCCAAGCUAUUCUCCAACAAAUUCGCGAGCCAGAGAGAGAUCAAACGCACAACAACCGAGCUGAUGCAAGUUAAUCAAAAGGAAGGGGAAUCUCUGAGAGACUACAUGCAGCGAUUCAACAAAGCCACUCUGGACAUUGACAACGUCCCAGACACCAUUUGUUUGUCUGCAUUGUUGCAUGGCUUGAGGCGUGGUCGGUUUCUAGACGACCUGCUAGAGAACCCACCCAGGACUUGGAAUGAAGAACAACCACCGAGAAGGGAAGAAAAGAAGAAACAGAAGGUCGGCGAGCAGUGGGGGAAGCCCGCUGACUUCCCAAAGUAUGCCAAAUACAUUCCUUUAACCUUGCUGAGGUCUCAAAUCCUUGCACAAAUCCAGCACUGGGACGAGCUGGAGUUUCUGGCUCGCAAUGGAAAGCUAGAACGAUAUGUUCAGAAGCCCCACGCCCAACAACCCACUCAAACUCAUUUUGUACAGGGUUACGACCGACCUCAAGGGCAGAGGAGAGGACAGGGGCAGAGAGCUGCUGCCCAGAACCAAAAAGAUAAGAAAGGGAUAAGCUACGCUGGGAUACCCCCGCCCUCGGGUAUAAUAAACAUGAUAUCAAGUGGUGUUCACUCUGGGGGCCAAAGCGCACGAGCUCGCAAGGCCCCGGCGGAUUACAAGCGAGCAGAAGGAGAGCCUGACAUUAUGAUGCCCCAUGCAAAUCCUUUUGUGGCAACGGUUCAUAUAGGCAAUCAUAAUGUCAAUAAGGUGUUGAUUGGCACUGGCAAUUCACCAGACAUCCUGUACUGGAGUUGCUUCCAGAAGAUGCAGCUAAAUCCGAGCUCGCUGCAGAAGCAUGAAGGACCAAUAUACGGGUUUGAUAACCAGCCCGUCCCAGUCGAGGGAGUUAUCACUCUUCCUAUAUAUGUGGGCUCAGAACCACGCUUUAGGAUGGCUUCCGUCACCUUCCUGGUCGUUAAGAUGGAAUCAGCUUUCAAUGCUAUAUUAGGAAGAGCCACCUUGUGCGAGCUGAAAGCUGUCAUCUCACAACCCCAUCUCUGCAUGAAAUUCCCAACUCCUCAGGAGGUAGGAGUGCUUAAAGGAAAUCAAAAGAUGGCCAGAGCCUGCUAUCAAGAUACUUUCAAAAAAGUUGAGCUCGUCGCUGUCCCUUCAGGCUCCGAAAAUCGCAAACCAACCCAUCUCGGUCAGCAAACGAUGAGCAUAUCAGAUAUCGAGCACCGACCUGAUGGUGUCGAGCAGAAAGCAGAGCCAGUAGAGCCCAUAGAAAUGGUUCAUCUAAACCUAGAUGUGCCAGAAAGGACGGUUAAGAUCGGCACUAAGCUCACAGAAGAGGAGCGUGCAGAGCUUCUGGAGUUUUUGAGGAGUAAUCAGGAUGUGUUUGCAUGGACUACGGAUGAAAUGCCUGGCAUCCCAGCGGAGUUGACAGUCCACAAGCUUAGCACGAACCCCCAGAAGGCCGGCUUCAUCAGAAGAGUGGAGUACUCCGAGUGGGUGUCCAACCCUGUGCUCGUCAAAAAGCCAAAUGGCAAGUGGAGGAUGUGUAUUGAUUUCACCAACCUCAAUGAUGCGUGUCCAAAAGACCCUUAUCCCUUGCCAAACGUCGAGAAGUUAGUAGAACGGGCAGCAGGACAUGAACGGAUGAGUUUUCUUGACGCCAGAUCGGGUUACCAUCAUGUCCAUCUGUUGCUAGAUGACCAGGAAAAAACAGCUUUUUAUGCUGGUGACGCAAUCUACUGCUAUGUCAUGAUGCCGUUCGGCCUCAAAAAUGCUGGAGCAACAUACCAGAAGCUGGUGCAAAUCAUCUUUAAGCUCCAAAUCGGCAGAAACAUAGAAGUGUAUGUAGAUGACAUGAUAGUCACCAGUGUACGAGCUGAGGAUCACAUUGACGACCUGGAUGAAACUUUUCAAAACUUACGUCGAGCCCAAAUGAAGCUAAAUCCUUUGAAAUGCACGUUUGCUGUGCAAUCAGGGAAAUUCCUAGGGUACGUGGUAUCCAAGAAAGGAAUCGAAGUAAAUCCAGAGAAGGUACAGGCCGUUCAGCAGAUAGAACCUCCCAAGACAGUAAAAGAUGUACAGCGUCUGACAGGUCGGGUGGCUACGUUGCACAGGUUUAUAGCCAGAUCGGCAGAAAGGUGCCUUCUGUUCUUCAAAGCUCUGCAGGAGCCCAAAAACUUUCAGUGGACUGAUGAGUGUCAACAGGCGUUUGACGAGCUCAAACAAUAUUUGGCAUCCGCACCCCUGCUGUCUAAGCCUGUUGAUGGGGAAUGUUUAUAUCUUUAUCUGGGGGUCACAAAAGAAGCAAAGCCAGAACUCUCUGGUCAGCUUAUCGAAUGGAGUGUCGAGCUGAGUGAGUAUGACCUCAAAUUUCAGCCGCGCAUGACUAUAAAGGGCCAAGCUGUGGCAGACUUCUUGGUUGAAUCUGCCCCGGCGGCUGUGAAAGAAAAGGCACCUGAACACCCGUUCUGGGUUUUAUAUGUAGAUGGAGCUGCUAAUAUUGAAGGAUCGGGUGCUGGAGCUGUGUUACUGGGCCCUGAUGGCUUUAAAUCCGAGCAUGCGCUGAGGUUUCAGUUCCAAACAACCAAUAAUGCUGUAGAGUAUGAAGCCCUCAUUUAUGGAUUGAAGCUGGCAUCCGAGCUGAAGCUUGGUCGUUAUACUUCUGUGGUCAACAAAUUGAAGUCAGGAUUUGCCUUCUUCCAGAUCGACAAAAUACCAAGAGUAGACAACCACCGAGCUGACAAGCUGUCAAAGUUGGCCUCCUCGCGAGACUUUAACCCUAAGAGGUCAACCAUCGUUGAAGUGCUAGACGCCCCGAGCUACACUGAUCUCACGGUCGAGUGUCAACUGCUAAGCACGGAUCCCUCUACACCGAGCUGGACUACCCCACUUAUAAAUUAUCUGCAAAGUGGCGAGCUGCUUGAAGAUCUACCCGCCGCGAAAUUGAUUAAACGAAGGGCAGCACAUUUCACCUUUGAGAGAAGUUCACGAAGGAGUAUGUGGCACGCACAUCGGUGGCAAAACUUUAGCUCGAAAACUCCGAGGCAUGGGUAUUACUGGCCCACUAUGGUCGAGGACGCGCAGAGUUAUGUCAGAAAAUGUCCGACCUGCCAGUUCAAUGCUGAUGAUAUACACAUGCCAGGGGAAAUGCUAUCAUCUCUCACGUCUCCCUGGCCCUUUUCUCAAUGGGGUGUCGACCUGCUUGGCCCUUUUAUCAAAUAUAAAGGAGGCUACACUUUCCUGGUCGUUGCAGUGGAUUACUUCACUAAGUGGAUAGAAGCUAAAUUGUUGUCCACGACAACAGAAAGGAAAAUAGAAGAAUUCUUGUUCAAUUCAAUAUUGUGCAAGUAUUCUUCGGGGUGGCAAUUUUCCCCAAUCCUCGCGGGGCCGCGCAAGAUCCCCGUCACAGGACGGGACGGGGAGGAAUAUUCCUCCCUGCGGGCGGAGAUGGAGGCCACAACCCCUCACUCACUCUUGGUUUCAGCCGGACAAUCAAGCUCUCAAGUCUCACCUCACCUUCAACCUUCCUCUCCCCUUCUUGCUGCUACAGAUCUACUACAGGUCUGCUGUUGGAGCUGUUACAGAUCUGCUCCUGGAGCUGCUGUCAAAGCUGUUAGCUGCUGCCUGUGCCGAACUCCCUCUCUGCUUGCUGCCUGUGCCGGACCCCUUCUGCUUGCUGCCUGUGCCGGACCUCUUCUGCUUGCUGCCUGUGCCGGACCCUCUGCUUGCUGCCUGUGCCGAACCCUUUGCUUGCUGCCCGUACCGGACCCUCUGCUUGCUGCACUGUGCCGGACCCCCUCUGCUUGCUGCCUGUGCCGGACCCUCUGCUUGCUGCACUGUGCCGGACCCCCUCUACUUGCUGCCUGUGCCGGACCCUCUGCUUGCUGCACUGUGCCGGACCCCCUCUACUUGCUGCCUGUGGAUGCUAUAAGAUGUGCAGAUGACUAUUUCAGAUUUCUAUGCAAAUGGAUAUUGGACAAAUGUUCAACAACAACUGUGGACUUUUUAACAAAACGAACUUCCAAGACCAUUAUCAAACGUCUUCAAUCUCUGACGGAAAAUUCUAGUGAAAAAAUCACCUAUAAAGAAGUGGUGGAUAGGUUAAGAAAGGUCACAGAUAAAGAAUUUGAAACAGAACUUCAGUGGGGUGUUGCUUUAACUGCAUAACAUCUAAGUUACUUGGCUGAUGUGAUCUGUAAGAAGCGUGUAAUCAUUUACAAUUAUCCAAAAGAAUUGAAAUCAUUUUAUGUACGCUUGAAUGAUGAUCGAUGUACAGUUGCAGCAUUUGAAAUGGUUCUACCCGAGGUUGGGACACUGAUUACAGGCAGCCAAAAUGAAGAAUGCGUCAAUAUGCUAAGUGCAAGGUUCUUUGGAUGAUAUAUGUUUCUUUACUCAAAAUGAGGAUGUGGAUUGUGAUGAAGACAAUAAUUCAAAGGUUUUUUUAUGAGCAAUUGUGGAUUUUGAGAGCUAAAGUGGUUUGAGUUGGUUCUUGGCUUCUUCCUUUCAUGUUGAAUGUUGGUUUAGUUUAGUUAUUUUAUUUAUGUUGGGUUGAUUUUUGCUUUUAUUUGGAACAAGUAUGUUGCUUUAUGUUGGAUUAAUUUCUAUAUAUAUUUGGAACAUGUUACUUUAUGUUGGAUUAAUCUCUAUUUGGAACAAUGUUGUUGAUUUAAUUAUUUGUGUUAAAUUAAUUUUUAUUUAUGUU